AUGAAGGAAUGGCCUACUUGGGUUGAUCUGUUAAAGCCUUUAUACCAAGAUAUAUGGAAGAAAGAUGGAAUCUUUGAAGCUGUUAUAGCUUCCACGUUCAAGAUUCAUAGGCACAAUGAUUUGAUUAUUGCUCUUGUUGAGAGAUGGUGUUUGGAGACAAACACAUUCAUUUUACCUUGGGGAGAAGCAACUGUUACUUUGGAGGAUAUGGUAGUUUUGGGUGGUUACUCUGUUUUGGGCCACUGUGUCUUGAAACCUGUUAAGGCCAAAGAUUCUGUUGCAGUUGAAAAAACUCUUUGCGAAGCUCAUAAGACUGUUAGAGCAAGGAAUGUUACUCACCAUGCCUGGAUGGAAUAUUUUGCAGGAAAAGGUGACCAUUUGGAGCAUGUUGCAUUUUUGACCCUUUGGUUGUCAAGGUAUGUGCUCCCUUCUAAAAGUUAUCAAACUGUGGAUAGAGCUCUUUUCCCUAUUGCAAUUUAUCUUUCUCAAGGUAUACCAAUAGCACUUGCCCCUGCUGUUCUUUCUAGCAUCUAUAGGGAUUUAAG